AUGGAUCAGUGGCAGCUAGAGGAGGAGGAGGAGGAGCUAAUGCAGGAGGCACUAGCUCUUUUAUCCGACUGUCAAGACGAAGACUACGACGCAGCCAUAUCACGUCUGCUUGUGUCCGACGACGAGUAUCGUGGCCCCUUGUACACCAACCGCAGCGACUUUAUCAUGUCGACCACCGAAGUGGCUACUUCGAUGUUCAAUGCGCACGAUCUGAUGCCAAGCAGCGAAAACUUAAGCGCCGAAAUCUCCCCCGCUGUAACGCCUGCGUUAACAUUCGCUACUAGCAGUCCCGUCAAAAAGACGCCCACGUCCGUUGCCAAGCAGAAGCAGCGCAAGAACAAGGCGCCGGUCACCGCUUUAGGCGCUGGAAAGAAGCGCAAAACCGCGUCUCAUAACUCGAAUCGCGCGCGUGACGAACGAAAAGAAGAGCUCAUUUAUCUUCGCAAAACAGUGCAGACAAUGGAGGCGAGACUUCGAACGCUGCAGCUAUCACAGCGUCGAGCGCUUCCUGUGCCUUCGCCUGCGUCUGCAACUAUGAAAGCUUCAAUUCCAGAAGAAACACAUACGUUCACUGAGGGUGCAUUUGCUCUUGCUGCACUGCAGGGACAUACCGUCAUCAGUGAGCCACUGUCGACCGAAGAUAUGAAGGAGGAUGCGGCGAUGGGGCCUGUUUGGACAGAGAUCGCAGCGCGCCAGUAUCAAGAGCGACGCCGUGUCGAAUUGGAAAACAUUCGUUUGAAAUUAAUUCUUGAGGGUCAGGUCAAGAUGGCCAAAAGCCUGGAGAAAAUGCUGACAAAGCGUACUAGCUUACGGGUGAUGGAAUCUAUUCAGGGCAAGUACUUGACCAGUUUGCAGCACAGAAAGCCGACGUCGACAGAGGAAGAAGAUGAGGCGGCCAUUUUUGCUCGUCUCGAAAACGAAUUGGGUACUGCUCUCGACGAGGUGGACAUUGCGUUUGAGGCAAACGGACUUGCUCGCAUGGAAAAGACAUACGCAGACGCGCAAGUUCGGCUCGAAAAUGGGUCCAUUAUAAUGGAGAUUUUCGCCAACAAAGUUGUUCCAUUCAGCGUGGACGCUACGAGCGACGCAGUCUGGAAGCACUUUCUUCAUUCCAUGGACCACAUCCCAUCACGUUUCGUCUACCAGAAGCAACUAAAGAAGACGGAAUCGACCGACGAUACGUUAAUGGAGAGUUUCGGCCUCGAGCUUGUUGGCAGUCGCAACGCCACCGCCGCCUUCCGCGUACGUCAGAUUCGCAGGAAGUUUGUUCAACCUCACCGCGUCGUAAUCGCCUGGCCCAUGUACUCCGAGGCACUUGAACUUUCUGCUGAGCCUACAAAGGGUGUCCGACUUCAUGAGAAGUGUUUUACCGUGGUUAAGGCACCUUCACAAGCUAGUGGCCGCCGAGGCGCCCUAAUACAAACGUGCUACGUUCUCCGCCCAGAAAUUUACGGUCAUGUUGCUGAUCGCGAGCGCAUUCUCACAACUCUGACCGAUUUUUUGCUAGACUCAGUGUCGCAUACGAUUAGCUCAAGCCACCAGAUGAUUGAAAACUACCUGAUAGAUGGAGCGCUUCACUUUCGGACCGAAACAAAAGCGAUGAUGCAGGUUGAUAGCAAGGAGAUCAACGUUAAAGAAAAGUGCCCGUAG